AUGUCGUUGCGCGAAGUCCUGUAUUGGACUGCGGCAUUCUUCGGCUUCGUGUUUGCAAGUUCUCUGGCACUUCAAGUGGCCCUCAACGUGUUGAUCAGCAGAUGCCAUGCACGGUUUCUCACUGACGUGCCCAUCGAUGCGACGACGAAUGCAACCAUUCGCGUCCAUCCUAUCCGCAUCAAGCUUUGGGGGUUGUUGCUCAAGUUCAUCCAAGAGCCGAGCCAAGAAAAUGUGGCGUCGCUCGUGCUUCCAUUCGUUGAGAUCACAAUCACCAAACAACAGCAUGUCUCAUCAUGUGUCGCCUCUGCAAUGCCACUGGAUCUAGCGUCGAUUGCCGCGUUGGCAUCCCCGACUAAUCCGAUCUGGUCGCAAGCCCUGCCAUUGAUCCACCGCUUCGGGUUCGUCUGUCGAUUCGUGCAUCUAGUCGACAUCUUCAUGACCAACAUUUCCAUCCUUGUCCGCGAUACCAAUCACCAGCCUAUGUUUUCUGUGACGAAUGCGAGUGUGAAUGCGACGAUGUUGCUCGAUCCAGACAAGCACCGCGUUAUUGUAUCUUUAAACGUCUGCCAUCAUCUACCCAUGACAAUAUCCAUUCCGUCCGCCCACAUGAACGUGGACGUCCAACAGGUAGCGCUCCAAGUGACGAUCCCCAUCUCCAAAUCCCCGUCCGACGCGCGCUUGCCGCUGCCGUCGUCCGUGUCGAUCUCAGGACACUCGCUGUACGUUUCCGUCAAGCUACUAUCGCCUCAACCACCACUCGACGCCACCAUACCUUCUGCACCUGUGUCUCAUCCUACCGUAUCGCAGACACAUACCACCGCCGCCAACAAUAACAACAAUGAAGCCAUGAUCAACUUGAUCGCGUUGUUGCCGUCGGUCGUGUCCUUUUCGUGGCACUCUGCCAAGGUUACGCUUGAACAUCCCUCCUCUCUAUCGCAAUGCUCCGUCGAGCUGCUCCAGAUUGUGUUGGUCAGCCAGAACGGCAGUCCCAAGCAUGCAGCUGUGGCCGUGGAUGUCCACCGUUUGUCAGCCCAAGUGGUGCCGCGCCAAGCGUCGCCGCCACUUCAACUGCUCCAACUCGGUCCGAUGACUGGAUCGGUGGAUGUCACUCGUCCGCAUGUAUCCUCCUUGGCGUUGAACGUGUGGGCCGAGCUCAAGCGCGUACACGUCGUCCUCAGUGACGUGCUGGAGCCAUGGGUUUCGCUGGCGACCAACCUCCAGAUCGCACUGCCGCCGGCACCACAUGUGUCCAUCCUUUCAUCUGUGCAACUCCACGGCACAGUCACGAAUGUGUCUGUGCUUCUUUGCCCGCGCACUGCGUUGGACCUGGACGAUCCAUCGCACCUCUGUCCCCCGCUCGAGAUCCUCGUCGACGACGUUUACGUGAGCGCGUUGCCGCCCCACUUGGUCGGCGUCCGGUCUCGGGCCGAGCUGCGUCUGAGCCGCGUGGGCGUUCGCUUGGAAUCGUCCCCCGCGCCAUCCGUGACGAUGGACUACAUGCGCAUGUUGUUCUACCCGAUUGCGUCCUUCCUCCACGGGAAAACUGACGUCGCCGCCGACGUUGAAAUGGAAGGCGAGUGGCUCGACGUGCACUACACGCCGCAGCUGCUGCACGCCCUCGGUGGCGUCGCCCGCCUCGUCCUCUUUACAUGUCAGACGCCGCUUUCUCAAGUGUUUGCCACCCCUAAACCCGCCGCGGACGAUAACGUCAUCCGUCCAAGACGAUCGGGGGUCGACAUGUUCAAGCGGGAACCAGUGUACCCGCGUGUGAAGUUCCACGGACUCGUCAAGCACAUCGUCGCAUCCUUCCCCGUCGCGCUGCCAUCCACGCCGCCGUCCACAGAACAAGUGUCCGUCGACAGCUUGAUGAUUGAAACAGAUGCGACAACGUCAUCCCGAUUUCGCAUGCACAUGGACCAGAUCCACGUGAGCACGCAGGGGCCUAAAAAAUGCAAGCCAUAUAUGGUCGUGGGGCACUUUGCCGUGGAAGAAGCGCCUGUGGGGGGUACGUCCGUCGUGGAUUUGUACGGGCAGGACGUGGCUGUGACGUGGGACGUCCUCACGCAAGUGCGCGUGGCAAAAGCCGUUCAGGACGUGACCACGGCAGUGUACCGGUUGCUGUUUCAGAUCUUUCACGGGUACACGAUGCAUGUAGCCCCCCCCCACUCGAAAUUCAAAGUGUGGGGGGUCCGCGUGGGCGUGAAUCCGGCCAUGGACGACGCCGCCGCCUACAUAGCCAUGCGUGCACACUUGUCAAAUGCCAUCAGUGCGUCCGGCGACAAGCUGCAUCGGGUAGCUGUCCGAAACGUGUCGGUAUCCGUCCCCGCCUUGGAGAUCACCGUCACCGUCGACGAGUUUGGCGGUGACGACGUGCCCGACUUGUGGACGUUUGGAUCGAUUCAAGUCACGUGGCGACACCAACCAAAGUUGGUGUCUAUGGCACAUGUGUCGGUGCGGCGGACGGUGGCGGGUCGGCUGGAUUAUGUGUUUGGGGACUUUGAAGCGAUGCUCCGCCAACGCCAGAAGGUCCUCGCCGCGUCCGACGAUGGACAUGGGGCAUCAUCAGUGGACGACGAGACGCUGUGUGUGUGCAUAUGCGAUCUGCACGUGGAGAUUCCGUAUGCGAGUUGGAGUGACUUGGUUACCCUGUCGACCCAAAUGCAAACGCUAGCGGCGACACUCGCGACGAUUUGGCACGACACCAUGUCCGAGUUCUGGCGGCCGCAGCACCCGCUGUUCUUCCGGUACUUUAUCAAGCUCCCUCGUCUGUCAAGUCGUCCCAAGAUCGAGCUGGAUAUGCGCCAACUCGACGUCGAAUGGGUGGACGACCCGAUGGAAACAUGGUUGGCACACAUGGCACCCCUUUGGAUGGACACGCUGGCCGAGCAGGAAGGGCGGCGGCAGGUCGUGCUCCAUGACCACUGGACAUCCCAUCUACACGACAACACGACGAUGACAAACGAAGCAGCUGGGUUCGAAUCCAAGCACAUUGAGCUCUUGGAGAUGUUUGCAAAGGCGUACGUGACUCGCGCCCAGGAAAUGAGAAAACACCAGCAGCAGCCAUAUACCCACAACAAGACCAACAACAACAUGGCGCGGUUAAGAGUUAGCGUGUGUCGUCUACACGGCUGGGUGCUUCCACUUGUCGAUCCCGUCCGACUGAUCCGAAAGAUGAAAGAGUUGGACAACGACACGUUGUCGCUGCUGCAGCUGCCCCGCUGCGUCCGGCCAUGUUUUGACCUGCUUGUGGGCGUGUCAAUGCAUGUACAUGCCGAAUCCGUCCACGUCCACGUCCGCGGCGGCGGCAGCUCCCAGGCGAGCCCACCCAUCGUGAAAGUCCCAAACUUGGAGCUUCAAGGGGAUGUGGUUGUCGCCCAACCUACCUCCACGUCUGCCUUCCACGUCACGCAUCCAGUGGACAUAGCAGCCUUUUCGCACUUGCAAGUGGUCACGUCUCGCAUUCCGCUCAAGUGCUUUCUCGACUUGAACAUCGGUGUGACGGGCACGACAGUCGCAUAUAGCCCCGUGCUGAAUUCGUCCAUGGUUGGGCUUGCCUUGGAUGCGCAGCAGUGCCUCUUUGCCUACAUCCUGCCGUCGUUGGAAGUAGAUACAUGGGCAUAUUGGGAUAUUGUACGGCGCCUAGUCCAUGGGAAAUACUCUGUCACAUGCCGAGACACAACAGUGCAGUUGAUGGCAUGUCAGAACGUGGCCGAGGGGGUGCAACUGACGCUCCACAACGUGCAAGUGGCCUAUACAAACAAGGGCACUGUGGACAUUCACGUGGACAAAGUGCAGUGCAAACUCGAGCCACAUGGUGGCGCCGUCGAUACCUUCGUGGACAUACCCGCCGUAGCGUUGGCCGUGGAUUGGACGUGGAUGAUAGAUCAAGAUGACGAUGAUACAGUCUCGUCGUUGCACUACAUCUACCCGAUGAAGUUUACAUACCUGGAAAACCCCAACCAAGUCCAAGCCCACGUGCACAACCCACACAUAAUGCACCAUUCUCCGUCUCGACUGUCUAUGGGAGUGCGGUGCAUCGUCGGCACCAACGAUCGCAAGGACACGACGUCCGUGGUCGUGUACGGCAGCACCAUGGCGCGGCUGCUGGAGCUAGGGCAAUCGUACAUGGAGAUGUGUGCGAUCCCGACGGUGACGUCGAGACAGCGCAGGUACCCCCGGCGUCCGCUAGUACCCCGCUUGAGUGACCUGCAGCACCACAUCCAUCGCGUGGUGCUGCGGUCUCUUCAAGUUGAGCACGGAGUGGACGUUGCACUGUAUCACAGCGACCAGAGUCCGGUGGGGGUCCGUGUGCACAUCAACGACAUCUUUGCGUCGCUGGCCAUGACGUGUGGCGCCAUUCGCAGUCUCGCCGACUGUUUUCAGCAUCACAUGGUCGUGGCUACCAACCCGAAAAAGGCCACGUGGGCCAUCCAUGAUGUUGUAGCCAACGUCCAGGAGAUUCAAAUCCGGGUGUGUACGGUCAAGAGCGGCAGCCGCGGCGACGCAUGUGUGACACUGCAUCAGUCGUACGCGGUGAUGGAGCCAUCCAAGUUGAUGCCGCCGUGGGAGGACAAGGCCAAUGCGAUUGUCGAGCGCUUUCACGCUGCGGCUGUCCUUGUUGAUGCAUCGACUGGUGGUGAUGGGCCGCAGGUUCGUGACGUGGCAUCGCCGCCGCCGUCGUCGGAGUCCAAAAGCAUCUUGGAGCACUUUGCCAUCCAAGACGACGUGCAUUUGCUGCUCAAACAACGAAGUCCCGCAUCAAGUGCUACUGCUGCUGUGGUUGUUGCAUCUACUCCAAGCAAGGAAAAAUUCCAGACGCCGAGACGAUUGUCGGCAUCGCGACUGCCGCCGCCGCCGCCUUCAACGGCCUCGCCCCCGUUGGGAGAUGGACAUGAUUCAUCGCCGGAACUGGGCUGCUUGUGCUACGUGCUAGUACACCAGCCGCGAGUGCACAUGACACUCGACACGAUCGACGCGGUGGUGGAAAUGGCGCUAGAGUGGCGGGCGCUCGUCCAAGAGUACAUGCCGCCAUCCGAUAUCCCCAUCAGUGUGAUUCAUCAAGUGGAGGCGGCCGUGGCGACCCCAGUGGCCGACACAUGUGAUGACGCGAGUGGCGACCUGACCAGUCACUUGGAGCACAUGCUGCAUCCCGCGGUUCAGCCAAAGGUGCGCGUGAGCUCCACCAACGAUUUCUUGCUCCACUCACAAAUAUGUGACGACGUUGACGACGAGCGUUUGCCCAUCACCACCGACAUGAUUGCCAUCCAAACGCUGCUUCGUAUCAACGUUGUGGACUUUCAAUUGGCUGUCCAGGACUCUGCCCACAAGGGCUCAAUAUUGGUAGCGAUUCCAUCUGGGUGUGUCGAGCCCGCCGUCGAUUUGGAGCAUCACACCGAGCACGUGGACGUGAGUGUGUGCGGUGUAUUUGUGUUCACGUCGUCGUUGGAGGUGGACAUGACAUCGAAUAUGCACCACACGUGGCUCAAGGUCGAGAGGUCAGUGAUUUCGCAGUCGUCGACGAUGCUGUGGAAGCAGGUGCUCCAUGCGUCGGCCAUCGAGUGCGGCAUCUCCCACGACGUCGUCCCCAACGUGCACCAAGUUACCAUCCACGUGGCCAACAUCGACGCCAUCUUGGACGCUGAAAGCAAGCAAACGCUGCUCGACAUGGGCACGCUCUUGUCGGCUCGGAUUCAGGACAAGCUGGAGAGCCACACCAAGGCUGCUGCUAAUUCCGUAGUCAUCGAAAGUGGUGCCAGCACUCCCCCCUCCACCCACCCUCCUCUGAACACUGAAGGCGACGACGGGCCCCUGUCGAGUACCCCGGACGUCGUGGCCAUGCUACCCCAGCUGUGGCGUCAGCGGCGGACGCUGCAAUGGACCAUCGCGACGCUGCGGUACGUCGAGUCGUGUCGGUUUGGGGUGUUGGCCAGCGCCGUGCCGGACGUCGACGCGGCGGCCCUUCGAUCUCUUCCCCGGCGUCGGCUGUCGUCGGUUCAAUCGCCGCCGUCGAGACCGUCCGCCGCUAGUGCGCGACUGACGGCGCUGGCCCACGACUUCCGCGUAUUGAACGCCGAGGUCGCGUUUGCGAUUCGAGAAUACUACAAGUACAAGCAAGUGCAUCCGACGGUGGACCUGCACUUUGAGCUGGACGAAGCGGCGCUGCUGGUGAAAGGGCCGACGUUCGACCUCCUCCGCCUACAACUCCAACAAGUCGAAGGCACCGUCGCGCACUUUCAAGACCAGAGCGGCACGCUGUCGAUUCAAUUGCACACGAUGUCCGCCGCCAACUUGAUGCCGCAGACCCCCCUCCCCGACCUGGUCGUUCCUGUCGACAGAAAUCAGCAGGCCAAAGCCGAUUUUGUCGACGCAGGGGGUGUUGUUCGUGUGGAUGCUGAGAUGGCGGCGCCAGUGGGUGGCCAACUCGUGGUCCAGCACUUUGAAAUCAACGUCUUGCCGCUCCAAGUGUGCAUCACGUACGAGCUCGUGUUGCAGCUCGUCGCGUUCAUGUCGACUGCGCAGUCGCCGCACAUCCACAAACAAGUACGUCAAGUGUACUUGUAGUACUCCUACUACUAGUAGUAGUACUCCUAGAGUC